UAUGUCUCGAAAUUUUUGAUCUUUUCCCAAUCUUUCCAUUUUCCCAUUUCACUCUAAUUUUCUUCCUUCUUUCACUUACAACAAAAAAACAAAAUGGCAGAUGAUACGCGGAACGAUUCUAACGACAAUUCUCCUGUCACAACCACUUCCAGUACUUCCGAAGCCCCUCCAAAAAAAUACCCAAAAGGCGUUAUAUUAGGAAAAGACGGAAAACCGUAAGUCAUUUUUACUUUCUCCCCUACCUUCUUCCUAUCCACGAACAAACAAAACCUCCCAAUCACGCAUCUAACAUUAAACCCACCUAGCUGCCGCUCCUGUAACUCCUUCGCAUCCUUCACCAACAGCACCAAAAGCCUCUCAUCCAACAUCCCCUCCACACCCCCCACAGACUGUCCCCCCUCAAUCGAAACCCUCGGCCGAGCCUCCUGGACAUUCCUCCACACACUAUCCGCAUCCUACCCCAGCAAUCCCAGCGCAACUGAUCGCACAAAUAUAAGCACGUUUAUGAAUCUCUUCUCGCAACUGUAUCCUUGUUGGACGUGCGCGUCUGAUUUUCAGGAAUAUAUGGCUGUGAAUAAGGUGCGCACGGAGAGUCGGGAGGAGUUUGGUCGCUGGAUGUGUGAGGCGCAUAAUGAUGUUAAUAGGAAGCUUGGGAAGAGGGAGUUUGAUUGUGCGAAGUGGGAGGAGAGGUGGAGGACCGGGUGGAGGGAUGGGAGGUGUGGGUAGAUUAGACGAGUUUGUGGGCGGGAUCCGGACUAUUACCUUAUAUAAA